AUGGCAUUUAUUUUACCGACCGGUAAGUGAUUUUGACAUAUUUCACUAUCUUGAUCAGUAUAAUGUAUUGUUGUUCAAAUCAUUCUGUGCGACCCUCAAAGGUAAUUUUCUAAAGAGAGGGCGCAGAAUUAUUUGAACAACCUAAAGCGAAUUUACAAAAUAAAGAAAUAAAAAGAAGUAAAUUUAUAUUAACGUACGUUCCAGUGAUAUCGUUUUUUUUCGGUUAGAGGCACAGAAUUAUUUGAACAACCUAAUAGUUCAGUUUAAAGUGGACAAUUUUGUUUGAAGAAAAAGUCAAAAAAAAGUUUGAAAAAAUUAUUUUAACGGAUCUAUUAUAUGUUUUAAGAUCGUAAUAAAAAUUUUUUUAAAACUUCUUUUUUAAAAAUAUGCCAUUUUGAAAUUAAUAACGGUUUACACUUGGUAAAGAACUUAUUUCAACAAAAAAUGAUAAGAUUAUAAACAAGACCACGAAACCGAUGAUAAGAAGUACUUUAGUAACAAAGUUUUUUCAAUAACAAGAAGGUUUUCUUUAUUUAAAUUUACUUUUGUUUAGAUUUUCUUAAAUUCUUUUUUAUUUAAAGUUUCCAAAGUUUUAAAUAUUAAAAGUCGCUUUUUCGCUAAUUUUUAUUUUAAAAAAUAUUUUUGAAGUAAUGUUCAUUUUGAAAAACAACUUCCAAAUUCUCUAUGAAUUUCAUAAGAAUUUCAAAGAUGUUUCAAACCGUGCAUGGCAUUUCACAUCACGUUUCGUCGUAUAUUACGGUUCGGCCGCAGCUCGCUUUCAUAAAAUAUUUGUCGAAUAAAAAAUUUCGGCCAAAAGUCGAAAAUUAUUUAUUUUCUGGCCACUUUUCGAUCGUUUGAGAUUCCUGGAUGUUCUUUUAGAACGAGACCUUCAGAAUAUGAAUGGACUACAUUUGAACGGCCAGGACAGCCUCGUCCAGCCCCUUUUGAUGGACUUUUAUCAGCUGAAUAUGUGUUAUGGGUAUUGGAAGAGUGGGACUCAUCUGGACCACGCUUGUUUUGAUCUUUUUUUCCGCAAAAAUCCAUUUGGCGGAGAGUUCACGGUGUUUGCUGGACUGGAAGACUGUUUGAGAUUCACACAGAGCUUCAGAUUUUCAGAAUCUGGUAAGUUUUUCAAAAUUGUAGAUAAUAUUUGAAUUUAAAAGGGUAAAAAUUUAAUAUAUUUAUAGUAAAAGUAGUUUACUAUCUUUUUAUAAUGUAUUUUACAAAUUUUAAGAUGAAAUUUGACAAAUUAAGGCUGUAUAUUAACUUAUCCAUGUUUAGACAUGGUAUUCAUCAGGGAGAAAGUUCCACACGCAGAGCCAGCCUUCUUCGAAUACCUUGAGAAGUUGGAUUGCAGUGAGUUGAAGAUCUACGCUAUCAAGGAAGGCACUGUCGUCUUCCCAAGAGUGCCCUUAUUGACCAUCGUGGGUCCGUUAGCUCUAUGUCAACUUUUGGAAACAAUUUUUCUGAACUUGGUCAACUACGCGUCUUUGGUGGCCACGAACGCUGCUAGAUUCAGACAAGUAAGUUCACCAAUUUAUUUUAGCUCUAUAGAGUAAAUGUUUGCGUAAAUCCCAGUUUAUAUCUGUCUAAUUUUAAGAUUAUUGUUAAUAUUUACCUUCUAGGUGGCUGGAGAACGUGUUGAACUUCUAGAAUUUGGCCUCCGUCGAGCUCAAGGCCCGAAUGGAGGACUCUCGGCCAGUAAAUAUUGUUAUGCCGGAGGAUUUGAUGCGACUUCCAAUCUGCUGGCCGGAAAGUUGUUUGGCAUUCCAGUGAAAGGGACCCAAGCUCACUCGUUCAUCUCAUCGUUCGGAUGUGAAGAAGAUCUUCAGGUCAAGACAUUGAAGGCCAAAGAUGGUACGCGAUGUGUAGACUUGUUUCAGCUGAGCCAACAGAAGAUAAAGAUGCUUUUGGAUAAGGUAAGUGCCAGUUUGAUGACUAAUGUGUUUAAUUUUGUCCAUUUCCUUAACACAUUAACAGAUUGACCGGCAAACUUUGGUGGGUUAUAGUAGUUGUCUGGUGCUUUUUGAUGGUUGUUAAUGUUGUUGUGGUUGGGAAAAUGUGUUUUUUGUAAUAUUUAAUAUUCCUUUUUUGAAAAAGAUUGAAAAAUGGCUGUAUUUUAAAUCUAUUUGAUUAUAUUGUACAUGAUAUGCUUUAACAUGUGACUGAUUUGUAGAUUGAAUGGGGAAUCUCUCAAGCAGAGAUCUCGGUGGGAGAACUGGUAUCCUUUUGUGCCUAUGCCAUAGCAUUCCCUAACACAUUCCUCGCUCUGAUUGAUACUUACGACGUUUUGAGGUAAGUUUGUUACCCAAAUUGUCAUGUCUCUUUAUAAUAAUCAAUUUUAUUGCCUAAACAUCUAAUCUUAACUUUUUCAGGAGCGGUAUCAUCAAUUUUUGUGCAGUAGCUCUCGCGAUGCAUGAUUUGGGAUACAAAGUACUCGGUUGCCGUAUUGAUUCUGGGGAUUUGUCGUACCUUUCGAAGGAAAUCAGAGCCAGAUUUAACAAGAUCGCCGCCUUGGACCCAAAACAGCUACAAUGGGUCGCCCACCUUACUAUAGUGGCUUCGAAUGACAUAAACGAAGAGACUAUUGUGUCCUUGAAUGAGCAGCAACAUGAAAUCAACUCAUUUGGCGUUGGCACUCACUUGGUGACGUGUCAAAAACAACCGGCUCUUGGGUGUGUAUAUAAGGUAUGUUAUUGUGAAUUUAUUAGGUGAUCGCAAAAGUCUCUGGCCGAUUUUUGUUUUUACCAAAAUUUAAUAUUUAAAAAAACAACAAUAACUAAUUAACAAAUAUGUGUGUCAUUAUUAUCAACGACCUGUUUCCAUCCCUUCGGCAGCAUUUGGAUUCAACUUCUGUAGAAACCUGGAGUUUGAGAAUUGAAAAAGUUAGCCCACCACUUCUUGAGGUACUCUCGAUUGUCAAAGCGUGUUGCGUUAAGGUGAUUUUGAAGAGAGUGGAACAUAUGAUAAUCUGUUAGUGCAACCUCAGGUGAGUACUGUGCAUAUGACAUCACAGUCCAGCCGAGGCUUUUGAGCUUGUGUUGGGUCAACUUUGUCACAAGGGCGCAAGCAGUAUCUUGAAUGAAGAAGAUCCGCUCCUGUUUACCAUGCAAUGCCGCGAAAACAAAUUUAAUUUGUUUACAGUAGACAUCCACAGGGAUCGUAGUUCCAUGUGGUACCAUUUCCCAGAACACAAUACCUGUUGAGUUCCAGCUAAAGCUGGUCAUCUUAUCCAGUGGGUGAAGAUCAGGUUUGAGAUUGAUACACCCUGUUCUCCACGUUCAAGCCAUUGUUUCUUACUGGUGUGAUUAACAUACAGUACCCACUCCUCAUCCCCAGUAACCAAAUUGUCAAGCCAUUCAAAGUUCCUUGGGAGCAUCAACAAACAAGUGCAAACUUCUACUCGACGUUCAGCUGGUCGCUGUUCAAAUCAUGUGGUACUUCUUGACCAUAUUUCCGUAAUCUCCCAAGGGCGUGAAGUCUAAUUAAUGUGGUAGAAGGAUCACACUGAAGCUCUACAGUCAAAUAAGUGCAGGGUCGUCGGAGGUCUUCUUCGAUCAGCUUCAGAAGGUGGGGUUUCUUCAACACUGAUGGUCUACCAGAUCGAACUUUUCGGACAUGUCAAAUUCACCGUUUUUGAACUUGUGGAACCAAACGUUUGUGGUGUCGUAAAAGACAACUAAAGGCCCUACAGCACUGCAUAUUUUCUACGUCGCUCUUGUUGCGUUGCCGUGAUUGCGGAAUUUGAGAAACAACACUGGCCGAACAUGAUUGUGUUUCACCUUGGUUUCUUGAACUACCGUAAACAACAGAAAGCUUCAACAUGCAAUAGUUUUUAGUCUUUGGACACAUCUUUAUACAGGUUGCCAACAGAAAGUUCUAGAACAGUGCAAAAUUUUUAAAAAAAUUUUUGAAAAAUCGGCCAGAAACUUUUGCAAUCACCUAAUAUAUGCUACAUUAUGAUCGUAUUACCUUUUUAUGGCUUAAGAAAGCUUAUUAAUCUUGUUUUAGUUAGUUGCUAAGAGUGGAAUGCCCAAGAUUAAACUUAGCCAAGAUGUGGUCAAAGUCACAAUUCCCGGUCGAAAACAGUGUUACCGGUUGUACGGUAAAGCUGGCUUUGCCAUUCUGGAUUUGAUGCUAACAGAAGACGAACCAGCUCCAGAACCCAACAAAAACAUAAUGUGUAGACAUCCAUUCCAAGAAAGCAAACGUGCCAUGGUUAUUCCAGCCAAAGUUGAGAAGCUUCAACUCGUGUUUUGGGACGGAAAAACGAUCGCACACCCACUGCCAACACUCGAAAAGAUACGGCAACAUGUACAUAACAGCAUUUCCGACUUGAGAGGAGAUCAUAAACGGAAUCUCAACCCAACUCCUUAUAAAGUAAUUGUUAGUUUAGGUAUUUUGUACUGUAAAGGGUUUAAAAAGUAUACCAUUUUACAACUGUUAACAUGUAUAAUAUUGUAAUUUUUUAGGUAUCUGUCUCCGAAAAGCUAUACAACUUCCUACACACAUUAUGGCUCCAAAAUGCACCAGUUGGCCAACUAGAAUAA